AUUAAUUUGUUUAACAUAGUACCAAUGCUAGGGAGGUCUAGAAAGUGUGGUUGUCCAUUCUUUAAUUUUGUAGAUGUAAAACAUUUUAGUAUAGACUUAUUAAUAAAAAGAAUUGCGUUCAAUUGUUUUUCAAAAUAUAUAAAUUGCAAGUUUGUUAGUGCUACCCUCUUGUUUUAGAGUCAAUACCAGUGUAGCACUUUAAAAAAAAAAAAAAAAAAAAAAAAAAAAGAUGUUAUUUUUAACAAUGUAGGAGACCAUGGAUUAAAGAAGAAACAGACCAACUUGGAUUGUUUCUAACUAGUUUACGACUUAAUUAAUUAAAGUGAGAUAAGUUCAUUUCAUAGUCAUUAAAUUCUUGGACCCAAAUGAUAUCUAUCACUGUACUCAUUGAUAUCUACUAUAUUUGAUUUCAUCAGUUUGAUUUUAGGGACUCAUGUCAUAUAACUAAAGGAUCAAAAACUAUCACAAGAUGGGAAAAGAUAUAAAUCAUACGUACAAAUUUCCAAGACUUGUAAGUCUUUAAAUGUCUAAUUUGGGGGAAGCUGUUUCAAUUCAUCUUUAAUCUGUCUUACAUUUUCGUUGAAAUUUCAUAGAAAUUACGUAUGGUAGGCCUCACACAAAUAGACCACCAGUUUGAGGUUGUUCAUUUGAAUUUUUCAACUUCACAAUUGAGACUAUAUAAAACCCUCAUGAGGGGCAGUUUGUAUAUGCAUCACUACUGAAAAAAAAAAAUCAUCAAGAUUUUAUUAACAUUAAUACAUAAUGAAUCCUUGUGUUUUUAUAAUUUUCCCACUUCUCUUACUACGCCUUGAGACUACAGCUUCCAACCAAGUGGGUGGAGGAGAUGACAAUGUUGUUAUGAAAAAGUGUUCCGAUAAGGAGAGACGUGCACUUCUUGAUUUCAAAGCUCGCCUCCAAGACCCUGAUGAAACUCUCUCUACAUGGAGAUCUGAAGAAGAAGAAGAUUGUUGUAAAUGGAGAGGAGUCACAUGCAACAACCAAACAGAUCGUGUCAUCAAGCUAAGUAUUAUCUCUGGUGGCCUUGAAGGUGAGGUUAGCAAUUCUUUGCUUAACUUAAGCUACCUGACUCAUCUUGAUCUUGUCGAUAAUUCUUUUCAUGGAAUUAUUCCCACGUUCAUUGGUUCCAUGACUCGUUUAAGGCACCUUGACCUUGGUUUGAAUCAUUUUAAUGGAACCAUUCCCAGGUUCAUUUGCUCCAUGACCAAAUUAAGGUACCUCAACCUUGGCAAUAAUGAUCUUAACGGAACCAUUCCCAGAUGCAUUGGUUCCUUGACAGAAUUAAGGCACCUUGACCUUUCUGGUAACUCUUUUUAUGGAAUCAUUCCUCCAGAGUUUGGAAAUCUCACCGACAUGCAAUACCUUUACCUUCCAGAUGUUGGAAGCUGUAGAGUUGAGAACCUACAGUGGUUAUCUCAUCUCUCUCAUUUGGAGCUACUUCAACUGGAUGGGAUUUCUCUAGCCAAACAAAAUCAUUGGGUAGAUGUGAUUCUGAGUCUCCGAAAACUAUCAUUUUUAAGUUUAGAUGGAUGUGAGCUGUCACAGGUCAUGUAUCCAUAUUCUUCUUCAUUUCUCAACUCUUCUUCAUCUUUAUAUUUCCUAAAUCUCAGAAACAACAAUCUCACCUCUUCCAUGUAUCAUUGGAUGUUCUCAUUAACCAGCAAUAGCCUUCGUUUUCUUUCUCUCUCUGGGAACAUGUUAGAUGGGAUACCCAAAUAUCUUGGUAACCUCUGUAGUUUGGAAUAUUUGAGCUUUGCUAACAACUCUGCUGUUGUCAAUUUUCCUGAUUUUCUCAACAACUUGUCGUCUGGAUGCACAUCGCUUACAUUACAAGAGUUGUUUGCUCCACGUAACCGAUUUAUAGGGACACUCUCCAAUGAGACCCUAUCAUUGAAAAAUCUUGCCAGUCUUGAUAUGAGCUCUUGCAAUCUAGGGCCUCACUUCCCCAGAUGGAUUCAAACUCUGAAAAAUCUUUCGUAUCUUGAUAUUGCCAAUAAUAGAAUUUCAGACACAAUUCCUCUAGGGUUUUGGGACAUGUGGCCUUCUAAAUUAACAUAUCUCAAUCUCUCUUCCAACAACAUCAGCGGGAAAGCACCAGAUUUAUCAUCAAAUUUUGGCAACAAUUCUAGGAUAGAUUUGAGUUCCAACAGAUUUUAUGGUCCAAUAACAAACGUCUCUUCCACUGUGGCAUUACUAGAUCUUUCUAGAAACAAAUUCUCUGGUGGAAUCUCCUUCUUAUGCCAAAUUGACCAGGGGUUUUUAGUUGUUCUUGACCUCUCUCAUAAUUUUCUAAGCGGACAACUUCCAGACUGUUUGUGGCAUUUCAAAGAACUAAAAAUUCUUAAUCUAGAACACAACAAUCUAUCUGGAAUGCUUCCUACCUCUGUUGGAUCUUUGAUACAACUCGAGGUGUUGUAUUUAUACAAGAACAGCUUCUCUGGACAAUUGCCUUUGUCUCUAAAGAAUUGCACAAGGUUAAGUUUUUUGAAUUUGGAGGCCAACAAGUUUUCUGGUAACGUGCCUGUUUGGAUUGGGGAAAACUUAUCUAGGUUGUAUGUCCUUAACCUAAGGUCAAACUCGUUCUUUGGAACCAUCCCUUUACAGUUAUGUCAGUUAGCUAAUCUUCAAAUUCUGGAUUUGUCACUGAACAAUCUACAUGGACCCAUCCCCUCGUGUUUGGAUAAUCUUACAAACAUGGUUCAAGAAGGUUCAUUAGCAACACAUAAUGUGCAUUCCUAUUCAAUUGAAUGGUUUUCCUCAGUAGCUGGUAUUUAUUUAGUACUUCUUAAUAAGUAUGUUGACCAUGCAAUGAUGGAGUGGAAAGGAUAUGAACGCGAACUCACCAGUACUCUGAGAUUGUUAAAGAGCAUUGACUUGUCAAGCAACAACCUAACAGGACAAAUUCCAUCUGAAGUUACCAAUCUCUAUGGACUGCAUACACUCAACUUGUCAAACAAUGGUCUGCUUGGAGAGAUUCCAGAAAAAAUUGGUCAAUUGAAACAACUUGAAACAUUGGAUUUAUCUAGCAACAACUUGUCUGGAGAGAUGCCAUUAAGCAUGUCAAGUAUGCAUUUUUUAAAUCAUCUUGACGUGUCAUAUAAUAACUUGUCAGGGAGAAUUCCAUCCAGCACUCAAUUGCAGUCUAUUGAUCCUUCAAGAUACAUUGGAAACCCGAGACUAUGUGGACGUCCCCUUACCAAAAAAUGUCAUGAAGAUGAUGAGUCAGAAGUACCACAUGUCAUUGGUGAGAGGGAGGAUGGUGGGGAAGACACAGAUGAAGUUUGGGGGUGGUUUUUUAUUGGUGGAGGCACUGGUUUUGUUACCGGAUUCUGGAUUGCAUAUGGUGCUUUACUUCUCAACCGUCGUGGGAGACAUGCUUUUUUUCAUUUUUAUGAUAGAUGCAAAGAUUUGGUUUAUGUGAAAGUGAUGGUGUUCUUUGCAAAACUGCAAAGGGUUGAAGAACAUAGAUAGUCUGGUAAUUAAAUCAUGCUUCACUUGUAUUUGACUGGUGUUUUUAUGUCCCCAGUAUCAAUAAAAUUGCCACCGACACCAUGGGUUGCCAUUUUCUAGCUUUGUGCUCAACUAAGGCAACCUGCAAAAACAUUGUAUUUUAAAUCUAGUUAAUUAAUGUUGUAUUUGUUUUUAGUACACAAUUUUAUAGGACAAAUCUCAAUGUAGGUUAUCUGUGGAAGUGAUACUAAAAUAUGGUCCAUCCAUAUACACUUGUUACUCACAUGCUUUAAUUUGUGGGUAAUUUACACAAGAUUGGCUAAACUGGACUAAUAGAUCGAUAAACAAAGAACAUGAACUCUAAAUUUGGGAUUUUCAGUUUAGACUUUCUAUGAAAGCAGGAUUUGGUUAUAUACUAGAAUAAUUAUGUCUUUUUGAUUGAAUUUAAUUGUCAUACAUUAGGUUUAAUACGGAGCUCCUUUAAUUAGAGUAUAUAUCAUACAGAUUAUGAGGUUAAGAUGUCUUUCUAUGUAUUUUCUCAAAUUAAACUUUAUGUUAUAAGGUAAGAAUGUUUAUUAAGAAAAUAUAUCCAAAUUCCAAGUAACAAUUACAUAUCUGAUUAGAUAGCCAUCAUUCUAGUUAUUAUACCCAAAAUGUUAUUAUUAUUAUUAUUAUUCAUUUUUAUAUGAUACAAGUUUUUAAUUUACAAAAUAAUCACAAAAACAAUAAUCUUAAAAUGGUUGAUUUUACAAUUUAAUCCAUCAUAGUCAAUGUUUUAAAAAAUGGAUUGGUCAUCUUAGUUCGAUGGUCAAACAGGACCGGUCCAAAAACCCACAUGACAUCAUUAUUAUUUAUAACUAAAUAUAAAAUUAUAAAAAUAGUACAAAAUAUAAAAAUAACCUCCUUACAGCCAGUGGAUGGAAGUUUCACAAAAAAAAAAAAAAAGCUUCACAUAUUGUUCACAUAUUGUUUUAUAAGAAGAGUCCUCUUUACAUAUGUCUAAAUAAUAUAAUGUGAUUAAUAUAAUUAUAAAAAAGCAUGUUAAAAGAGAUCAAAGGGCAUGUGUAGCAUUCAUUUUGGUGGAUAGUUGUGUGUCCCACAUUGACUCAACAAAGAAAGAAGUGCACAAAAACCGUAUUCCCAGACCAAAAAAACCAAAACCUGUCUAAAAAAAAACUGAACCUUAUCGAGACCGGUCUUGGUCUAUUAAUGUGCAUAUGAUAUUUGUUUUGGUCUUGGGCGUUGUGAUCGUAAAACGACUUGUCUACCUCAAAAGGAAAAUCAAUCAAAUUGGAGUGGUUAAACCCAUAGAAGAAAAACACGCAAACAAAAAACUACAAUCGUAUGAUUCGUAAAGUAACAUACAUACAAAAAAAUACUACUUCAAGAAAAGUUGUAUACAUAUAAACCAGUAAAUCCAAGAUAAUCAAGCAAUCAUGACCCAAUCCUCAAUAUUUACAUAAAAUAAAAGCAUUAACCAAAAAAAAUAUAUUACAAACUGUCAUCGAAAUUAAUUGGUUUGAACUGAUAAAAAAAUAUUUAGAAAGUGGAAGUAGACUUACUUGACAAAAUCAUUGCCCAUAUGGGCCGGUACAAUUACGUUGGUUUUUCUUUGUAGGCGGUGGUAGUUUAUUCUUUGCAUGUUCCCAUAUUUUUUGUUGUUAUGUAAUGUAAUCAUUCAGUAUGGGGCUUGCAUUUAAUGGGCCCUAACGCAUUUGCCUAGCAAAACAGGCUACACUGUUUGUGGGCCAAUUUGUCUUACUGUUUUUUGGUUUGAUGAAUUUCAAGCUACAAGGCACCGGUGAGAGUGAACGUUGAAGGUGAAACAGAAGCAGUAGCAGGCAAAAGAGAAAUCAGCACUUAAAAAUCCCCAAUUCAAGCUUACUAUUGAUCAUAGCUCAUAUCUUCUCCAAGAUCUGGGAAACCACCAAGUGAUGAUCAAGGAGGAAACGAGGGGAGUGAAGAUGGUGGUUCGUCAAAUUACUUUGUGUUUUGUUAGACUUGAUAUGACAUAAAUUUAUAACACUUUUGUUGUUUGUUUUGGUAUUUGUUUGAAAUUAACACUUUGAUACUUAAUUGGAUGUUGUUAUGUAUUUUUUUUCUGCAAGUAAUAUUUUUGUG